AUGGAAGCAAUUCUUGAACGAUAUGAAAGGUGCUCAUAUGCAGAGAAGAUUCUCACUGCACCAGGAAACGAAACCCCAGGAAGCUGGACUCUUGAAUCCUCAAAGCUUAUGGCAAAAAUAGAAGUCCUAGAAAAAAAUAUGAGGCACUAUGCUGGGGAAGGAUUAGAGUCCUUAAACCUUAAAGAGCUUCACAGUGUAGAACAACAGAUUGAUACUGCUCUCAAGCGAAUUCGAACCAAGAAGAACCAACUGAUGCACGAGUCCAUCUCCCAACUUCACAAAAAGGAGAAGGCACUACAAGACCAAAGGAAUACACUCUACAAGAAGUUGAAUGAGAAAGAGGCCAACACCGAUCUACAACCGCCUCACAUGCCGGCUCCGGAUCCGAUUCAUCACUCUCUUCCUAUCGGCGGGGAUCCAUUUCUGGAAACUGAUGUAAGGGAGGAGGGAUACGCUGGAGAUCACCAUAUCACUGCCACAUCGCUGCCGCCAUGGAUGCUUCAGCAUGUUCAUCAGGUAAAGGGAAGGUAA